AUGGCCACCACAAGGUUGACCGUCACCGUUUGCGGUGCCAUGCGCCGCAGGUACGCCGCGCUGGGCACGUCGGCCAGGUGUGUUAGGGGCUGCCAGCGGGGUAUGUCGGCUGGAAGCGGCGGGAGGCGUGAAGCCGAAAACGAGAGCGGCUCGGGCUGCGAGAGAGACAGAGACAUGGUCGUCUCGUCGAAGCUGGCCGCCGUCUCGUACACGGCAGGCAGGUCAAAGACCGGCAGGGACGACGGCAGUGCAUCGUGCACAGCCAGCGAGUGUUCGAUGAACUCUUGGGAUAAGGCGAAGGCUGCUGUCUGCGGUGGUCGUGAAGGCAACGGCGGCAGUGAUGGCAUUGGAGGCGGCUGA